GGAACAUUAAUGAUGAACAAUCUCGAUAUCGGAAACGAGAUACAAAAAAUCCGUGGAGGGUCCCUGGUGAACGACAUGUAUAUGCACAUGAACAUUAAACUACAGUGUAUGAACAAAAUCAGUAAUGAUUGCAAAUGGAUAAAUGGCCUGAAAUAUUAUGCCUACUCAGCGCAUGACACAACAGUCUAUGCGUUUUUCUCCAUAUUUGGCAUCCAAAGUAAAGUUAUCAGCACGUGCGGAUAUCCAGAUUACUCAGCUGGGGCGUUUGUUGAGUUAUGGUUGAACCGUGCUGACAAUAAAGCUUACUUCAAGAUGAGAUAUCACCAAAACGACGGAAAUGUGACACUUUAUCCGGUCACUCACUUGAUUGAUGCUUGUGAUGGGCGAAAGUAUUGCAGUUUGGAUGUUUUCAAAGCGGCUGCAGAUCGAUCAAGAUCAGAUAUACCGAUGAGUGAGAUGAUUCGGGAAAGAGGUAGAAUGGCAUACAUCGCACUAGAGUGCGAGGCUUGA